GUCGCACUCAGGGUGGCUCGCAGCCUCCAUGCUACUCCCGCCCUCUCACUCUUGUCUCGUUGACACUCUAAGGAGCAUAGGAUGACUGGUAUACGACGCGAUGAGCGGGACCAACUCAAGGUCAUUAACGGACUAGGAAUCAGCUCACGAGACGGGCCAGGCUCAGCCACACAAACUCGGACGCAAUGGCCAAACACGGCUCCAGUGCCAGUCAAAGUACCGGUCCAAAAUCCUUAUGGCGCCGGACGGAUGAGGGACAACUUGCAGAGCUCGAACCGAAGAAAUAAUCGCACUGCUAGUACAACUAUCCUGGGCCCGCUAUCGCGUAGCAUCCGGGAUUCUCCCUCAUCAGGUCAUCCUAAUAAACGCCCGAGGCUUUCUGAAGACUCAGAGUUCGUCUUCACCUCUAGAGAAUUCUCAACAGAGAAACGUAUGCACUCCGCUGCUCACGGCAUGAAGCCCUUACCAUCGAUAACGGGACAGUUCCGAAUUCCUUCCAAACCGUCUACGACAUCCACCCCAGCAGCCAGUAGGAUACGCGGUGCGACUGCUAGUAGCUCAGAACCUAUCGUCAUAGUGGAUGACGAUGCCGAUAUUCAAGCUCCCAAGCAAUCUCCCAUGAAACAAUCAGAAAGAUGCUUCUCUCGUACUCCCAGUCCUGAUCCGAUCGACUCUUUUCCAAUCCGGGAGCCUUCUCGCUUGCAGAGACGGAAUUCCCCACCUCACGCAUUUGAGGCCGGCCCUUCUAAUCCAGAAUCUCAUCGAUUAGCUGACGAUGGAGAGUCGACAAAGCGUUUGCGGGAACGUCUGUUCGCGGCGCCAUCGGCUGAUAUCAUUGAUGUUGAUGCUCCUGGUGUUCCCGAAGACGACGAGCUUGAUUCAAUCCGCUCUUUCUCGGAACACACUCCCCCCAAGGCAUCUCAUCCAAUAGUGGUACCAGAUACGAAGUCCUUGCCACCGCAUCGUGUCGUCAAGGAACGUGUAGCGGCGUUCGAGCAGAAAACUCGUGUUAAGACUCCGUACAUCGAUCUAAACGCUCAGAACAGCAAAGGUCCGACAAGGAAGAGUGCCAUGAAGCCCAAGGGCGGAAAGUCAGGGACUGUCACACAAAGCAGUAUGCUGGACCAUAUGACCAUGCUUCCGUCAGGCUUCGUACACUCGAGUUCUACAAAGUCUCCGAAAAGGACUGUCAAGACAGCUGAGCGAUUGCGCGAUGAAUUUGUCGUACUUCCUCUCGAGGCGUGGACAUUGGGACGCACUCUCAUACAAGACUGGGACGAAGACGUUCAUUAUCCAAGGUACUGGUUGGUCUACACUGAGCGCCCAAAUCCGGUACUUCGAAUCACAGACACUCAGAAUUCGUCAACCCCACUCAAUGGUGCUGUCAUGGAAGAGAUCAAGGUGGGAAAUGGCGUUGAAAAGCUAUGUUAUACGAUGACGCCUUGCGAUAUUCACAAUACUGUUGUAUUGCAAUUUAAGUCGCGCCGUCACCAGACCACGAAUACCGAGGCUCGAUACGUUCCAGGUUCUGCUGGAGCGGAUGGUAGCAUCAUGUUCAAGUUUUUGACGAAGCACGCAAACUGGGAAAAUGGCACGCCAUAUGCGCACCUCGUGAAAGUCAUGGAAAAGAUGUCUACUGGCUGCGAAGUACGAAUGGUAGAUGCCCACGGUUCAAAACGGGUCUGGGAAGCACAAAUGAAUGCCGUAGAAUUUCCAGAUGGCUUAACGGAUAAGCUGCAGCAUGUUGACAUUCAAGAGCAAUCCGGAGCGAAUGUUGGACCUACCGACAGCAGCAUUCCUGUAGCCAAGGAGAGCGAAGGCCCCGUAACACGACGGUCAACUCGUACGGCUGCUUCUGAGAGUUCGUCGCCAGCACCUGACGAACUAAUCCUAGUAUACCCUCCCUCAGGUGUAGGCGCCAUCAACAUCAACAAAAGUGACCUCAAACGGCUUGAUCCCGAUGGGUAUCUAAACGACACGUUAAUCGAGUUCGGCUUGAAACUAUGGCUGGCGGACCUGACCAAGAGCAAUCCUGAUCUCGCCGAGCAAAUCCAUGUCUUCAAUUCAUUCUUCUACAAGAAGCUGAAUGUCAAAGAUAAGGACGAGGGAUACCAGAGCGUGCGGAAGUGGACAUCGAAGUUUGAUAUCUUCAAGAAGAAAUUUAUCAUUGUACCGAUCAAUGAGCGAUUUCACUGGUAUCUAGCGAUCAUAUACCAUCCAGAACACGUUCUCCUUCCUCCACUGAAUCCCACGGUAAUUUUGAAGCCCAUGACGCGUAAGCGCAAGCGUCAAGAGGAGCCUGAAGAGUUGAUGCCGACGGAGACCGCCGCCGUAGUUGGUAGCAAGUUUCAAUCGCCUGAUCACGAGAUCAUACCGGAUUCCUGCCCUCCUUCUCGAGGCGGCAGCCCGGUGGCAGAUAGCGAAGGCGAGCGGGAGGUUGAGUCUCUCCUUGAGCGCACCCGAUCUUGUUCCCUUGAAGACCAGCCAAUGGCUGAUGAAGAAGACGUUGCUGGUGCUGCCGCGGCGUCAAUGGGCGAAAUGAUUGAUUUGGAAUUGCAAUAUCCUGCAUCACCUCAAGAAUGUCUCCAGCAAAUAGAAGUAGACUCGGAUACACCGCAUCCGGAAGAAGCGAAUCAGCCAACCAGUUUUGAGAGUGCUGACGGCGCACAAAUCAAACAACGAGAGCAUGUGGUCGAUGCAAAUGCCGAUAUCAUGGCAAGUGUUGGCCCUGCUACAUUCUAUGGCAAUUCCUCUGCGUCUUCCUCUGCACGUAAAGGGGUUAGGACUCCAACACCAACUCAGUUCAUUGUGGACGACGAUAAUGCUAAUGCGCCGGAAGACGAAGUUAUGUCGAGGACAUCCGAUGAAAGUUCUCAACACACAUAUAUCUUCACCUUCGAUUCCCUCGGCACGAGGCAUCCGCAGGCUAUCAAGACCCUCACGCAGUAUUUGCAGAUGGAGGCGAGGGACAAGAAGGGAAUCGAGGUUACGCGCGAGGUGAUGGGUCGGAAUGCUCUGGUUCCUAUGCAACCAAAUUACUGGGACUGCGGUAUCUACGUGCUACACUUUGUCCGCAUGUUCCUCAGCGAUCCGGAUGCAUACUUUCAACUCAUCACGGCUUUCACCAAGCAGAAGGACUACUCUGCGGAAGAGCGGGCGGAACAUUGGAAGGCCAGCCAUGUCAAUGUCAAGAGGAUCCGGGAGGAGCUCAAGGAACGUAUCGCGGAGCUGUCGGAAACAUGGAAGAGUGAUCGAGCGCUGCGGGAGGAGCAGCGGAAGAGGGAGGCAGAGGCAUCUGCUGCGUCUCUGUCGGACGAGGACGAGGUGAUCAUAGAAGACGUCACACAUCGGAAGGCUAAGUCUCAUGGCAAGGGUCGAGCCUCAUAGUGCUGCAUAAGAGCACUGGAUGGUCGUGUUGCUCGUUGCUUUCAUGUCGCGCACGCUGAUUGCUCUCUGCAUCUCAUCAGCAACUCUUCGCGGAUGAUCUUACUUAUUCCCCUCAAUUGCUGUACAUUAUACAUGGUUCUGCACUAUCACGCUCUCCCUCGUUCACGUAUCUUUAUUGCUGUUCGUCUGUUUGAUCGCAUCGCGUUUGCAUCGCUCACGAUCGGUGGCCUGUGAUAGAUAGCGUCCUUACGGACCUUAUGCUCCCUUCCUCGUUGUUCAUAGCGCUUUCGCGUCUGGGAUGCUGCUUCAAGUUGUU